GGUGGUGACCACCACCCAAAAAAAAUCAAAAACACACAAAAAACACCCUCGUCACCCCUCCGCUCCAGCAGAGGGCGAGAGCGGGAGCCCCUCCAUGGCGGCGGCGCUUCCGGGCCGUGCCGCGGCCAUGGCGGCGGGCGGCAGGCGGGCUGUGUACCCGCUGUUCCAGCUGGGCGGCCCCCAGCUGCGGAUCUUCCGCCCCAACUUCUUCAUGCUGGCGGUGCGGCCCGGCGUGCCGCAGCCCGAGGACACGGUGCAGUUCCGCGUCUCCAUGGAGCCCACAUGGCUGCAGCAGGCCCCAAGAACAUUGGAAGUCACGUUCAGAAGCUUAGAAAGGACUCUCAGCGCGGGCAGUCAGAAAGCCCACCCUGGCUCCCAGUACAGCAGAAUGACAAAAGUGGAUAUCAAGAAUUACCUUGAAAAAAUAUAUAAUGUGCCAGUAGCUGCUGUGAGGACCAGAAUACAGUAUGGUGCGAACAACAAGAGGAACCACAAGAAUCAGAGAGUGAAGACGCCAGAUUACAAGGUUGCCUAUGUACAACUGGGCAAAGGACAAACCUUUCAGUUUCCCAACCUGUUUCCAGAGAAAGAACAAGACGAAGAAGCUCAAUCUUUUGAUGACUUCAGGAAGAAAUACCUAGAGAAAGAGCAGAAGAUCCAGAAGGGUGACCCCAGACGAGGUGGAGUUCCUGAUUGGUUUGGACUUUGAUGCCAACCAGUUUGAUGAAAAAGCCAGCUGCCUUUUUGUAGGCUCAGAGGAAUUUUGGUCAGCAGAACUUGAACUCUCUUCUUCUUGUAAUGACCAAGGGUUUAUUCUUGAGCAGCCCUUGCUAGAGUGUCUUUUUUCCUGGCUAUUUAUGCACGACUACAACAAAAUGGCCCUAAAGAAAUAAAAAGGUAAAAUAAAUCUGCAUCAGAUCUUCUCUGUGAA